ACAGAGCCCGCUUACCGCGUCAGUCAUUCACACUUCACAGUUAGGUAUUCAGUGUUUUGCUUUGUAUUGAGUAGAGAAUGUAGUCGAAUGGUACUUUGAUCGAAGUAUAAACAUCUAUGCGCGUGCGGAUGUGCCUCGCCUUUGCUUUGUCCAGUGUCGCUUAAUUGAGACAGACUGUUUAUAACGAAUAAUGUGACUAGUUUUCUUAGAAAUGAUGUUUCGUCUGUGAUAAACAUAAAUGUUUUUGUGAUGAGUGUUCAUUAAGUUAGUGGUGUGUAAAAUGGGUUUAAUAACAUCCCGUGAACAAACCAUGUUGGAUGGACCAGUCACUACAACAAAAAGCCACCAUGUACGGCAACCGUCCACCAGAAAUCGGACAAAACCUCCGAUGCCAGAUAGAGAUGAAUUGGAGAAUAGAUUCAUCAAGGUUCUGGCAUCUAUGGAUCUGCCACCGGACAAAGCAAAACUCCUGCGCAACUACGACCUGGAGAAGAAAUGGGAGAUCAUUUGCGACCAGGAUAUGGUUCAAGCAAAAGAUUCUCCGGCGCACUAUUUGAACAAACUCCGAACCUACCUCGAUCCUAAAGCUUCUAGGAGUCAUAGGAAAAGAAAAAUGGUAGGUGACUCGACCUCCACGCAAGUGCUGCGGGAUUUAGAAAUAUCGCUGCGAACCAAUCAUAUUGAAUGGGUCCGCGAAUUUCUGAAUGAGCAUAACCAAGGACUAGAUGUGCUGAUCGACUACCUGAGCUUUAGACUAAGUAUGAUGCGGCAUGAGCAGAGGAUAGCGCUUGCACGGAGUCAGUCCAGCGAUGGUAUUCAUCAAGUCAACACAACAACCUCGGACUGCAGUGGUCCAACAGAAGGUAGUGCCACCUUAACCUCCACGUGGAGAAGAAGAGCCAGAUCGGCCGAUUCCGAAAUCGAAGGCGCUGGGAGUCCCGCUGUAGCUCGCAGAAGAACGCGACACGCCGCCAGGCUUAACAUGGGAGCAUCCACGGACGAUAUACACGUUUGCAUUAUGUGUAUGCGGGCUAUUAUGAAUAAUAAGUACGGCUUCAAUAUGGUGAUACAACAUAGAGAAGCGAUCAACAGUAUUGCACUAUCUCUAGUGCAUCAUUCGUUACGAACCAAAGCGCUGGUACUGGAACUGCUGGCUGCCAUAUGUCUAGUGAAGGGAGGGCAUCAGAUUAUAUUAUCUGCAUUUGAUAACUUUAAGGAGGUGGUCGGUGAGCCCAGGCGGUUUCACACACUGAUGGAGUAUUUCAUGAACUACGACAGCUUCCAUAUUGAGUUUAUGGUAGCGUGUAUGCAGUUCGUGAACAUAAUAGUACAUUCAGUAGAAGAUAUGAACUUCAGAGUUCACCUUCAGUAUGAGUUUACGGCCCUCAAACUCGACGAAUACCUUGAGAGGUUACGGCUUUGCGAAAGUGAAGACUUGCAGGUACAAAUAUCAGCGUACCUAGACAAUGUUUUCGACGUGGCCGCUCUCAUGGAGGACAGUGAAACCAAAACAGCUGCUCUCGAAAAGGUCAACGAACUCGAAGACGAAUUGGGACAUGCACACGAAAGGCUGGCAGCGUUAGAAAGAGAUGCAAUAGCGAAACUGGCGACGCUCGAAUCUGAGCUCGCUCAAGUAAGGCAAGAGCGGGACCACCUCGCCGAAGCAAGAAGACAGGUUGUUGAAGAGGUGUCAACGUUGCGGCGAGCGCAACAGGAUUCCCGUAACAGACAGUCCAUGUUAGAGUCGAAGGUGCAAGAGCUGGAAUCUCUCACCAAAUCUCUACCUCGGGGUGCCUCAAUGGGUGCAAUAUCCUCCGCGCUCUGUAACGGCAACAUCCAAAACGGUCCAACCAAUGGCCACGUUUCCCCCCCGCACCUCACAAAUGGGGAUGUACAUUCCCGGCUCCCCUCACCACCAGGCCCUCCAGCGCCACCUGUUCCCCCCGUGCCGCAGGUGCCCCAGGCCCCUUCGCCUCCCUUGCCACCUCCGCCGCCGCCUCCCCCAGUGCUAAUCCCCCCUCCCGCCCCACCAGCCCCUCCAGCGCCUGGUCUCAUGCCCGCUCCUCAUCACACAGACGCAAUGACCAUAAAGAGAAAGGUGGAUACGAAGUAUAAGCUGCCAACCUUGAACUGGAUCGCGUUGAAGCCUAAUCAGGUCCGAGGCACAAUAUUCAAUGAAUUAGACGAAGAGCGACCACGUCGAAGGAUUAACUUCUCCGAAUUCGAAGAGAAGUUCCGUAUCGGCGGCGCGUGCGCAGCUCUGCAACACAACGACGACACUCUGACGUCAUUCCCAAGCAAACGAUUCCGUAAACCAGACACCUUAUCCCUACUUGAACAUACGCGACUUAGGAAUAUCGCGAUCUCAAGGCGGAAACUCGACACGCCAGUAGAAAAAGUAAUUGCAGCAAUAAACAACCUCGACCUCAAACAACUACCCCUCGAGAGCGUAGAGAUCCUUCAACGCAUGGUGCCCACAGAGGCCGAACAGAAAGCGUACAAGGAAUACGUAGCGGAGAAGAAAAACAUCAACCAAUUAACAGAGGAAGACAAAUUCCUGAUGCAACUCGCCAAAGUCGAGAGGAUCUCGGCCAAACUGUCCAUCAUGAGCUACAUGGGAAAUUUCUUCGACAACAUUCACUUAAUAACACCACAGAUACACGCGAUAAUAUCCGGCUCGUCCUCGGUCAAAUCUUCGCAGAAAUUGAGGAACGUCUUGGAGAUUAUUCUCGCGUUUGGGAAUUAUUUGAACAGCAGCAAGCGUGGACCGGCGUACGGUUUCAAAUUGCAAUCUUUAGAUACGUUAAUGGAUACGAAGUCGACGGAUAAGAGAGUGUCGUUGCUGCAUUAUAUUGUGGCCACGAUAAGGCAGAACUUCCCAGAGUUGCUGAGCUUUGAUACGGAGCUGUUGUAUAUCGACAAGGCCGCUCAAGUGUCGCUAGAAAACGUUUUAGCCGACGUAGCAGAACUGGAGCGCGGUAUGGAAGCGGCGAGACGCGAAAGUGAAGCGCGGGACACGCAUCGAUCUGCGCACGCGCACGUACUUAGGGACUUUAUCGCGAACGCGGCGGACAAGCUACGGCGGUUACGGCACGAGACUAAACAUGCACAGGACUCAUUCGCAUCAUGCGUGGAAUACUUUGGCGAGGCGCCACGUGGCUGUGACGCCAAUACUUUCUUCUCGCUUCUCGUCAGGUUUACGAGGGCGUUUAAGCAAGCGGACAUAGAGAACGAGCAGCGUCGUCGACUAGAAAUGGCCGCGCAGCAAGCUGACCACGUCGACCCUAACAAAGUCAAGUUCGUACAGAAGAAACAACAGGAAGCUGUCAUCAACGAAUUAAAAACGAAAUCACAGGCUGUCGGCGAAAAGAAACUACUCCUACAGGACGAAGUAUACAAUGGUGCCUUAGAGGACAUACUACACGGAUUACGAAGUGAGCCGUAUAGACGCGCAGAUGCUGUUAGACGCUCGCAAAGACGCCGAAUCAACUCCCACAGACUAUCCAAAGGCUUAGAAGAGCUGGAUGUAUGAUAUGAGCUGGAAUCCAGCGACAAGCUGGAUUUCUCAGUACAAAACGCGGUCAUGUCUAUCAACGAACGCUGCGGCGUUAAUAAAAAACGUCGCAAAGACCUAGAAAUGGUGCACAAGAAACCGAUCGCAAUAUACAACAUCGAAGACAAUAUUGACUUUUGUGAUUUUCAAACCCGUAAACCCAAAAGUUCCACCUACAAAGUGGCCCCAACUGAUCACCAAGUGGAAGAAAGGUGUGAACUGAUCAAAUCCACGUAUGAUGUGAUAUCGAAAUAUACGCGGGCGAUGUUUGACAAAACAAAUGAAACGGUUGUAUGAGCGUUUGUCGCAGUAUUUUCAAUAUUACAAGAGGGAAUAUACGUUUACUUUUAUAUUUAAUACGACUUAAUGGUUCAAAUUAAAAAAAAAAUAUCUACUACAACCUAAUCAUAUUUUUAUACUUUUUGUGGCAAAUAAUUCUGGUUAAACAUGCGUAUUCCCUAAACAAUAGCGACUUUUUGCGAUUUUUUUCGCAUAGCGACACCGUUCACUAGGUGUGUGUUGCCAUUUUUGCAUAUUUCACGAAAUUACAAAUGUAAUGUCCGUUAGUUUAUAGCCAGUAUUAAAUGUACAAAGUAUAUUCUGAUACAUAUUAAGCAACAUAUAGCCUACACUUAGAUUUUGUACCGAUAGAAUAAGCAUUUGAUACGCCCACGGUUCAUUCCACGCAUAUUUUGCUAUUUAAAUAUACAAUUUUCGACUUCUAUACAGGAUUUUUAACCCGUAUUUAAACGACCUAAAAGUUUUUUAAACACCAAAAUGAGACUAAAGAAAAAUUUGAAACUGUACUUUGUGGCGUUUUUAUAGUACUUUUUAUCUUGGUUUCCAUCCAGGGUUGCCAGAUACAUAACAAUUUUAAGUGGGGUAUGGUAAGUUUGAAGACACUGUAUAAUUUAAAGACUGGCAGCCCAAAGAUGUAUCGAAUGUGAAUGACUGAGGAACUUGUAUCCAUGAUUAUGUAAUAAAUUACAAAAAAAUGAAAAUGAUUGAAGUUUGGAUGAAGCCGCAAUUUUUAUGUUCUUAAUUUAAAGCUAGAUUUACUUUUAAAAGAUAAAAGUUUGAUAUGCCUAAGCCUUAAAAUACGCACAUAUUUUUAAUUGUCUACUUUUUACACAUUUGGUAUUUGAUGUAUGUUGGGAAAUAGAUAAUAAUCACGAUUGUACUGUGAUUUGCGCGAACGAUUUUUUGUGCAUUUAUAUUUAGCAUUUGUACCUAAUGAUAGUAAUAGUUCAAAGUAUGUUUAAAUUUUUACAUGGCAAUAUUUCGCUUGUUAAAUUACCGCAUUGUGAUACGCUGAUGAUAAAGAUCUUAAUUUUAUUAUCUACAAUAACAGUCUUAUAGAAGACACCUGCAUGACAUUAGUUAAUUCUGAACAGUUUAUUUUGAUGACCUUUUAUUUUUUUAAUUUAAAAUGGGAUUGAAUGCAACUGAUCUGAUUAGAGAUAUUCAUUUUUCCAAUGUGUUGUAAAUAAUUUUAUUUGUAUAGCAACACUGAACUGAAUCGGAGCUGGUAGUGUAAAUAUAGUAUAUCUCAAGAAACUUGAGUUUUAACCUGAAUUAUUGUGUUUUUUUCGGAUGAGUGUUGCCAUACUUUAAGUUAAAUUUAUUUAAUGGAGAAUUAAAAUAAUAUAUUAUUUCCAGUUUGCACAGUUUGUAUUAGUGUGAAAACGCAUUAUAACUUUUGAAUAAUUAUCCUAUGCAUAUAAAAUUCUAAAUUGGCAGGCAAGGAUAUUUUGGAAAAUACUCAGAAUAAUGUGGUUUUGCAAAUUAGGUGCUUUCUGCACAAUAUUGAGUAGUUUUAUUAUUUGGUAAGAAGACGGUUCUGGUUUUGGACAGGGUUAAAGGCUAUUAGCACAAAAAGUGGUUGUUAAUAAUUUGUUGAUUGAUGAAGUUAAUAGGGAUUUUGUGCGAGAUUGGAAGUGUGACAAAAUAUUCUUUGGUAAAAUUUAACUAAAUUAUUAACUGCAUGGAUAAUAGAAGUUUAAACUUGCACUCAAAAUUUACUAUGAAGCAAUUAUUAAGGCCAUACUACUUUUAAAAUGCAUUGAUUUAGAAUUUAAAAAGCAUAGUCACUUCCAAUCUACAAUGAAUGUGUUGAAUCUCAAAAUAAGAACAAUUUCCCUGUAAUGGUGUAUGUGAUGUAUAGUUAAAGUUUUAAUAUUUUCGCUCAUUGCAUGUACGCUAGAGUUAGAGACAGUAUUCAGUGAUGCAAUAAACAUACAUUUUACAAUG